AGGUUUAAUGUCUAUACACUAGGGUUACUAUGCAUCUUCAUCAAUAGUAAAUAAAAAAUUAAAAUAUAUAAAAAAACAGGAAUGAGGCAUGUGGUAUCAGUAUCACGGUGAACCGUACACGAAGUAUUUAUAUGGUGUGAAAUAUUGAAAUUUCAUUAGGAAUAUUUGGAUUAAGCCAUAUACCAACCAUGCGAAGGCCUGUAAAAACUAAAAGAGGAGGUAACAAUACGCAUACACGUUUAAGAAAAUGUUUUGCAACCAUAGUUGAUAAGAGAACACUUAAUUUGGAUUUCCCUACCCUAGAAUUGAUGCUAAUAAAAGAAUUGCAAGUGGAUGUGGAUACAACCGACCUAGAACUAACAGACAUUCUACCCCUCAUGCUGGCAUUUUUUAUGAAAAACUGGCAGGGUUGGCAGAGAAGUACGGAAUAUCAUAGUGGUACACUAAAUCUCGCAAAAUGGUUUCAAAAAUUCAAACGAUACAUCACAGUGCGAAUAAAUGUCCUAAUCAAAAGUGAAUUUAAGAAAGCCCAAAAAAUGGUUGGAGCAGACCAGAAGGGGGAGAACAACACAAAUAAGAGUUUUCAUAAUAGUGGAACUCAAACAGAGUAUUCAGUUCCGAAAGUAUUCGCUUCUUUUUCACUAUCAAUACAAUGCCCGCCCAAGUCCCUCCAUGCAAUAGUUUUUACAGAAUCUGGUGAUGACAUCAUUGUGCAACAACAUCAGCACCCAACCUGGGCUCCUUUGAGUUUGAAGGAACUACUCAAUUGGCCAUACAUUGGAGUAGAAUAUUUCAGUCCAGAAUUAUCAUUCAAAAGAUACAAUCGUGGUGAAUAUAUCAGAUACUUGAGUUUUUUUAGCCCUACGCAUGUUGAAACUGAUAAUACAAAUUUCAUCGAACAAGUUGAAAUAUUGAAUCCAUCUGAAGAAAGAAAUUCUUACACUCUCAAUCUUUUGAAAACUUAUACCAACCAAUAUUUGGAGGUCAUUAAGACUAUGGAAAAUAUAAAUUUGGAGUCUAUUGAAAAUUUAGUGGUAGUUAUUGAAGAGUUUUUGAAAGACAUAGAAGAAAUAGGAAUAAACAAUACAAUGGCAACCAACACUUCAGUUCUAUUUAAUAUAGGAAGGUCUGCAUAUUUCCGAUUCAAGAAAAUGCCCAAAAAAUACCAUUUUGCUGGACCUAUACCCGAGGUGUGUUACUAUGAAAAGUAUAUUCCAAAGAUGGAAACUCAACUAACAUUUUUCAACGGAAUUCAAGAUACCACCACUGACGAAAUCACCUUCAUUUAUCCUAAUGUUCUGAAAAAAAAUCUUGCUGCGAAUUCCAAUGCUGAAGUCACAAAUUUAUCAGUGCCAGUUUUAGUUUUUUACUGCCUUUUUUGUGAAAUAGGCUUGGUUGACAUUAGUCAAUUAACAGAACAUUUGGAAAAAGAGCAUACCAUGGAACCAGAUUUCAUGUGUAUUAAGUGUAAUAAAUAUAUGUCUGUUUGCAAUCUUAGUAAGACCAGGUGGAAACACGAGUGUAAAUAUGAUAAAAAUUCAAAAGCAAGUAUUAGUAAAAAAUAAGAUAUCUGUAGGAAAUAAGUAUUAGUAAAAAAUAAGAUAUCUGUAGGAAAUAAGCAUUGUAUCUGGCAAUAAUUUUUGAAUCAUGUCUAGUUUAUUGUGAAAGUUUUAUAGAGAAUUAAUUAUGUCAGAUUUUUACCAAUUACUAGAUUUGAUUUUUGUGGGCGAGUUCGUUUUACUCUUUUGACCUUGGGAUGACCUUGAAUAUUUUACAUUACUCAUUUUUCAAUGAAAUAUAUAUAUAUGAUUUCCUUUUUGA